CUUCAGCCAACCACCUCAUCAGCACAUGGUCGACUAAUCUGCAAGCACCUAAUGCUAACCCACUGCCAAGCUAUUGUUUUUUCACCUGCCCGCGGGACCAGCACAGGAUGCUUCUGGAGGACAGAUCAAUCAUUCUUUAGUACUUUACGAAGGGGGUAAAACCCACAGAAAACCUCUUGAAAUGAACUAGAGCAGCAUCAUUGUUUGGCUAGCUGGAUUUCCCGUACUACAAUGAAGAUACCGGUUUUCACUGGACUGAUCUCUCUUACCUUCAGUAUUUUCACAACAGCUUCAGAAUUUUCGUUGAAUAGCUCUGCAAUUAAAACAGUGUCUCUUAUCAAGACUUUUCGUGGAAUUUCAGCAAGAGACUACGAUUAUAUCCCCCCUUAUGCUAUAGAAGGGGAGACAACAACUAUCCAUAUUAGAGAACACAAAUGCUCUUCAAAAAAGUCAAAUGACUCUACUUUAACAGAGGUGAACAACACGACACUGGAGUACCUGACCAGUUCUCUGAGCACCAAGCUAAUACCUACCAUCUACCUCAGUGCUGUUUUGUUAGGUGUACCAUCUAACGCCAUCAUUUUGUGGAUGUUGCUCUUCAGAAUCCGGUCUGUGUGCACUGCCAUCCUCUACACAAACUUGGCAGUUUCAGAUCUGCUCUUCUGCAUCAUGUUGCCCUUCAAAAUAGUAUACCACAUCAACGGGAACAACUGGAUUUUUGGGGAAAUGAUGUGUCGAACUACCACUGUGGUGUUUUAUGGCAACAUGUACUGCUCCAUUCUGCUGCUCAUGUGCAUCAGUGUCAGCCGCUACAUGGCCAUUGUUCACCCCUUCACCUACAAGAGCCUGCCAAAACGUGCCUAUGCCAUCGCGGUCUGUGCUACUGUGUGGACCAUUGUGUUCCUGUACAUGCUCCCACUUUGUAUAAUGCAACAAAGCUAUUACGUGAAACAACUGGAUAUUUAUACCUGUCAUGAUGUGCACAAUGCCUGUGAAACAAUAUCUUCCUUCCAGUUCUACUACUAUGUUUCUUUAGCUAUCUUUGGGUUAUUAAUACCUCUUGCAACUAUCGUUUUCUGCUAUGUUUCAAUUAUAUGCACACUCAAGACUCAUGAGUGGUUCUGGUAUGUUAAAGUCAGUCUUUUGAUCCUUGCCAUCUUUGCUAUUAGCUUUGUGCCAAGCAAUAUUAUCCUUAUUAUCCAUCACAUCAACUAUUACUAUUAUAACACAGAUGGGUUGUAUUCUUUUUAUCUAAUUGCUUUAUGCCUUAGCAGUUUGAACAGUUGUCUUGAUCCUUUCCUUUAUUUUCUGAUGUCAAAAAUUAGAAGUCAAUCCAAUAUCUAUCUAACAAUGGUUAAAAUAUCCAGGGAAAAUUGAAUUUAGUUCUAUAUUUAUGUUAUUUUAAUUACGGAUUUGUGUAGUAUUAACCCAGGCAGCAACAAACCUCAGGAGCAACAAUUAAACUUAGAUUUUGAAGUGCUAAAAACACAGUCUCAGUAAAAAUUACUUUCUUCCACACACCACACAAAGAAUAUCUUCAGAAAUACACCUCUCCAGCUCUACGAUUUUAUCAUGCACAUUGCAAUAUCUGCUGUGCCUAGACCCAGGGAAGUGGCUCCACACCUCCACUUCCUUCUGAGAAGAUCACUUUCAUGGCUACAGAGAAGAAACCACAGCCUCUGAACACCGGAAGAAUCAAUAUCCAAACAGAACUUUUAAACCCAUUCAUUAUUUCCAAACACUUCAGAUUAGCUCUUAGCUCACAAUCACUGCAGGAACAGUGAUGUGAAAACAAGUUUUUGGCCCAGUGGAAAUGGGAACAAAUAAAAGCACUUUCUACAUACCCAGGAGCUGUCAAGCUCCCUGUCACAUAGCCAAGAGCAAAUACUAUCCUGGAUGUUGGAAAUAAAGAGCCAGAAUCCCCACAGGUUCAAGGAGCAGUAAAUCUACAGCUGUAGUCACAGAGUCUGACGCUUCCACGGCAGCAUCUCCUAUGAGGCUGCUUAACCAGCUUUGCACUGGGGACUUGUUCUUCCACUUUGUCAGUGCCUGAACUCCUCUAGUCCAUGAGGGUUGCUGGGAACUAACCCUUAUCAGUGUGAAUCCAGGCAUGUGUUAUUCUUGCUUGUUAAAUAAAACAGAGAAGCUGUUUUGUAGUAUUCUCUGUUUCCACAUCCUCACAGGAAAUACCUAUGCUGUUACAAAUACUGACUGAAGCUAGUUGUGACUGGUUGUCCACAUUAAUAAAGCAAAGGGUCAUCUUUUACAUUUACAGAAACUCAAAAGCUACAUAUAUACUGAGUGUAAGUUCCUACAAAAUGAGCUCAGUGUUUGGUGGUUUUGUUUGUAACUGCAGCAUGCAAGACAGUGAUGAGAAACAAUGUUUUACAUCAGUUUGAUAAUAGUAUUGUAAAAAAAAACUUUACUUAGAUAAAAAUCAUUUGUACUGGAAAAUGUCUUCAGGGAAUUUUCAGCCUGGUAAGUGUACCCUCCUUCAAUUUUCUCUGGUUCCUAAUUUAAGUUAGUUUUAAUCAUGCCAUUCCCUCAACACGCACAAGAACAGAUUUAAAGAUAAAUUUAAAAUAAUUCAGAUGUUAUAAAACUGUUGUAAAUAUAAAAAGCCAUGAACCUAUCUGUAAAACCUGUGUGCCUAUCAUUCAAAAAACUAAAUGA